UUUAAUAAUCCACAGAAAAAGUCAAAGAUUUCAGCCUCACGGAAGCUAAUGCUAAAGAGCAUGAUGGUUGCUAAAGCUAAAGAGAUGCUAGACCAGGAGGCGCUGGAUAUAGAGGAGGAGAAGGAGCUGUAUCUGGCAGAGAAAGCCCCUCCUCUUCAGACUGGUGGAAUGUCUCUUGCAGAGCUUCAGGAAUUGUGUCAAGAACUCCAUGCCAAGAUAGACGUGGUGGAUGAGGAACGUUACGAUAUCGAAGCCAAAGUGCUGCAUAACAACAGAGAGAUAAAAGAUCUAAACAUUAAGGUCUUAGACUUGAGAGGGAAGUUUAAGAGGCCCAAUCUGAGAAGAGUGAGAGUGUCAGCAGAUGCCAUCCUGCGUUCACUCUUGGGCUCCAAACACAAGGUGUCAUUAGAUCUGAGAGCAAACCUCAAAUCCGUCAAGAAAGAGGACACAGAGAAGGAAAAAACAGUAGAGGUUAGUGACUGGAGGAAAAACGUAGAGGCCAUGUCUGGAAUGGAAGGCCGCAAGAAAAUGUUCGAUGCUGCCAAAGGGCCUGUGCAGUGAUCAAGAUAUGGAAUCAAUUCAGAGUAUUGAUGUGGCAAUGCUGACAUUUGCUUUAUUGAAUUAAAUUUUAAUAAUAUUACAAUCUUCAUUAUAUGUUACUGUUAUACAUUUAUUGCAUGUUACUUGUCUAAUUGGAUGUUUAUGUGUUCUCAAUGCCUAAGUAACAUAAAGUGUGAUUAGAUUAUGUGUCAGAAAACAAUCUGUUUUGGUCAGAGUUGACCACAACAGCAAUUGUCAAAUCAUAAGAAUGUGAUGUUUUAAUAGUGACAUUCUCAAAAUUAUAUUACAUUUCUAUAAACAUC